UACGCAUGCGCUAGAAUGCGUUUUGCUUCAGUCACCUGCUACUGCUCGGGCUGAGAUACGACCUACAACUGUGGCCCAAUUACCUUGCAAAAAAUUCCAGCCCUCGACCUGUUCAGGGACAGGACAGCGUCUGGCGUAAACGGCAGAGGGUGUGUCAUUUACAAAAGAGGGCGGUGCGGAUGUGAUGCAGGAGUAACAGGCUGUGGAGCACUAAGCCUCCCAUGGCUGUUGGCACCAUGGACUCUGAGUCACCCCGAACACCUCAGCCUCAGGCUGCCCUGACUAAAGGAGGCCGCUCCCUGCUGCCUGCUGGAGCUCUGAGUGACAUGCUGGGUACUCGAAGGAAGCACUAUGUGUGCGGCUCCAUUGCAGCUUUCACCAACAUCAUGGUGACUUUUCCCCUCCAGAAAGUGCUGUUCCGCCAGCAACUGCACGGCGUGUUGGCCACUGAGGCGGUGCGGCAGCUCCAGAGGGAUGGGCUGAGGAAACUUUACCGGGGCCUGCUGCCCCCGCUGCUCCAGAAGAGCACUACAGUCGCCAUCAUGUUUGGCCUGUACGAGGACUUCUCAAGGGUCUUACUAGACUGUGCCGAUGGCAGCGGUGUGCCGGAGCUGGUCACUCGUAGCUUUGCUGCAGCAUUGGCAGGAACAGCAGAAGCUAUCCUGAUGCCAUUUGAGCGUGUGCAGACUCUCCUACAAGACCAUCGACAUCACGGGCGCUUCAACAACACAGUCCACACCUUCCGGACACUUCUGACUGAGUAUGGUGUCAGAGAGUGCUACCGCGGCCUGGUACCCAUCAUUCUCCGUAAUGGCCCUAGCAAUGUGCUCUUCUUCGCUCUACGCGGGCCCAUUAAGGAGCAGCUCCCAAAUGCCACUAAUCGGGCAGGUCACAUGAUUAACGAUUUUGUGUGUGGGGGGUUGCUGGGGGCCGCCCUUGGCAUCAUGUUCUAUCCAUUAAAUGUGGUUAAGUCCCGGGCUCAGUCUCAGGUCGGUGGAGCCUUCCAGCCUUGCAGGGAGGUGCUGCUAACAGUGUGGAGAGAAAGAGGUGGCAGUGUGGCCAUGCUCUUCAGAGGGGCCCACCUUAACUACCACCGUUCACUCCUCUCCUGGGGAAUCAUUAAUGCCACCUAUGAACUACUGCUGAAGCUCAUGUAAGAUGGGAAUGAGAGAUAACAUAAUAGAGAUCUAGAGAGAAAGAGAAAGCUGUUAAAGGGAAAAACCUGUAUGAAGGGAUGGGGCCGGGUUGUUGAGGAGAAAAUACAUUGUAAAGUAAAGCUGAUGUACUUGCUGUCAUUUUUCUGGGCACUGAAGUCUCCGUGACUUAAAGACAGCACUGAAAUUGCACUUCUGACGGGGGCCAACAGUCAGUGUGAGAUAACCCACCUGCCUCAUGCCAUGAGUAUUUACUGAUCAAAAUAUUAUAAAUAAGCUGCACGCUUUAGCCUAUUCAAAACUUGUGCCAGGGUCCAAUUUAAAUUGCCUUGUUUGCUCUCUGUUCAAAAAUGUUUUGGAGCAAACUGAACUCGUGUUUUUUUUCCACACUUUCAUGCAAGGCUUACUUUACUGAAUGAACUGUGUCUUCAUAUGUGCUGGGUGCUGUGGUGUUUUGUAGACAACAUCUGUCUGUUUGUUUGACCAAGAGCAUUUCCUCUGUGAGGCUGUAUUCUGCAACUUAACUGAAACACUUUUUUGUACUGUUGACUAUUUAAAUUAGAGGAGAGUGUAAUAAAUUUAGUUUUUCUUUAUGCUCCAUCACCACCAAUUUGUUUAUGAGACCAGAAGGCUACUACUUUAGAAAUAGUUUAAAUGAAUAUCAGUGCCGAUCUUGGAAAUGCUGUCUAGCAGACUCAUCCAUGCUGGCUAUUUCAAACAGUUUCAGUUUCUUCUUUCACACCAUUCAUCUUUGUCACUUGGAGAUGUUCUUGUCUAGCACUAUUUGUCAUGGUUUGUUUCAUGAAAUGCUACUGGCAUGUGUUAUUUGAGUUUUGUUUAGUUUUCUGUAUUUGAGAAGUGCCCAUUGAUGUCAGUAAACCACAUUUAUUGGAAAAGAGAAAAUAAAUGUUAAUUGUUGACUGUUGCACAAAUAAUCCCUCAAAAAACAUUUGCUCUUUGUUUAAGAUUAUUUUUGGGAUAUUAUUGUAUGCACCAUUGCUGCAUUUGUUUAUUUGUGGGCUAUUGUUUCUGUCCAAUUAAGUGCUUCUCAAUGCUUGUUUUCUUUUUAGGAACUUUAAUAUCACUUGUUUGAUACAUGUAUUUCUCCUUCUACUCACACUUUAGCUUUCCUUCUCUUGUGCUUGCUCUCCUGUCUGUCUGUAACAUCUGUUGACAUAAUGGGCUCAGAUUUCAAGCUUGAGUAGAUACUGUCACCACGCAGCAGCUCUUGCUGGGUACGACAGCCCGAAGAGGAAAGGCAUGCUGCCUGGACACACACACACACACAAAGAGACUGAAUAGUAAUAGUGCUGAGAGAAGACGGGGGCAGAGGGCAAUGUUCAGUGGCACAAAAAGCUCAAGCUGCCAUGUAUAUAUCUCACUUGGCCUAUUUCUCUAAUUCUUCUCAUUUUGGUUGUCCACCACGUGAUGUUUCCUGAGCAUCUUUUCAGGAUCUUCCAGGGUUUCUUUUUUGUAAGUAAGAAGGAAAUUAGGUGUUGAAAGUGGGACACCCUCGCUUACAUUAAAUAAUGCUGUUCAUAUCUUCCAGUUUUUCUGAGCACCAGUCUCCAAAUCCCUAUGAAAAUGUCAAAUGGAUAAUUGCAACCAAAUUAAAUGCUUCCAAAUCAAUCUA